AUUACGUUUAUCCAUUCCCGAAUUCUGAACCAAUAUUAAAUAUGACGACUACUCCACAAACCCCUAUUGCUGGAAAGAAUAUUACGUUUUACUUUACUAGUGUAUUAAGGGACGACCUUACUACAGAAUACAAAUUUGAUAUUGUAUUCUGGUGUGCACCUGCUUCAUAUAAAUAUUCUCAGAAACUUUGUAUUGGAAAUAACACUUUUUGUCCAAUUCCAGCUGGAAAAAACUAUGAAAUAAUAGUGGAAAUUACAAUGCCUGAAGAUAUUGACAUUCCAACACUUGUUGUUUUUCCUUCUAUUUUCUAUAAGAUAGAUGAUCAUAGUUAUAAAGCUCUUG